AUGGGCUUACAUUGGUCUGCAGAAGCGAAAGAAUUGCAACUACGAAGUGAUCAAAUUGAUGAACAGAUUAAAGAAGACAAAAUAAAAUCUGAGAAAGAAAUUAAACUUCUCUUGAUAGGUUUCAAUAAAUCAGAAAAAUCGACGAUAACCAAAUAUAUGAAAUUGAUGCAGGAUGAUUAUUCAUGGGAGGAAGAAUUAUCACUAUGUCAGAUAGCAGUUUAUGAAAACCUUAUACACUCUGUACAAGCAAUUGUUUAUGCUAUUAAAAAAUUUCAGUUAGAGCCCAAGAAAACAAUAAAUAAAAAUGAUCUGAUAAUAUCAGAAGUUCUUGCUAAGAAACACCAUUUUUAUUUGAUGGAUUCAGCACCUUACUUUUUGGAUGCAGUUAGGAGAAUUGAACUUCGGAAUUACGUUCCAAAUGAAGAUAAUAUCCUUAGGUCGCAAAUCAAAAAAUCUGUAUCUGAAAUAAGCAUUAACAUUGGUCAAUACAACAUACUUAUGCUUGAUGUAGACAAAACAUUAUAUCAAAGAAAAUUUCUUCAUUAUUUCGAAUUCGUAACCUCUAUUGUCUUUUGUGUCGCUCUCGACGAAUACGAUCAAGAUGAAUUAGAACCGACUGAUGAAGAGUCUUCAAUUAUUCGAAUCAAUAGUUUAUAA